AUGAAAGAUUUAAAGGAUUAUUUUUCUAGGUCUAUAGAAGUACCCGAAAACGAGGUUCCCAAAGAUGCAGCACCGGAAAAUACGCCUCACAGUGAUAUACAAAACGUAGAAAAUACAGAAAGUGGUCAAAAGCGUAAGCGAAGAAAAAAGAAAAGAAAAGUCUCCGAUCCUGCUGUUAAAAACGUUACGGAAUUAUUAUCGACUAGUUUAAAUUUGUUUUCUCCCGUUAAAGUACCAGCAGAAGACGAAGUUGUUGAUGAAGUUUCGGAGAGUCCUGCGAAAGAAAACGAACCAACAAUCAAGACAGCGACGAAGAAAAAUGCAUUUCAGUUUAUGAUGGAAAGCAGGAAUCGAAGUAUCGGUACCAAUUCGCCCGGAAGGCAAUUGGAAGAAGAACCUGGUUCAAAUUGCAAAGAUAGGGACAAGCUAAAGGCUAGAAGACAAGUUUUUUCGAACUGGGCUGACCAGAAGGGUGCCGCAAAAAGAAAGAGGUUUGAAGAGGAAAAAGACGUGAUUAUCGAGAAGAAAUUGAAUAAACGAGCUAAGAGAUUAAAAAAAUUGUUAAAAGUAGAUAACGAGGAGGUUUCCUCCAAACGUGUUAGAAGAACUAAAAUUGUAAAACGCCAUUCAAGUAGUGAAGAUAGUGAUUUUGAAUGUAAAUUAAAUGAUUCCCGCAGGGUAGAUAAAACUAGGAAAAAUAACACUAGCAUUUCGAAAGAUGCUAACGAAAAACCAGCCAGAAAUAGUAGAAAUAAUGUUAAGGGAAAGAAAUCACUAAGCAAUAAUGAAAAUCGAAUGAAUUUAAGUAAUGGAAACAUAAAGUCAUUUUUAAGCUCUGAAAAAGCUGAUGAAACGAUACUGACCAAAAAUACAGACACCAAACAGAAAGAGGCCAAUAAUGAAAUUGUAAAAGAAAAAAUUUCUGUUAAGAGCAAGUCAAAAAAGGUAAAGGAAACGAAUUUAACAGAAAUAUCCAAUCAAGACGAUAAUUUAGUUUCGAAAAUCUCAAGAUCUUGGAAAUUGAAAAUCAAAAUUAAUUUAAACGAAAACGUCGAUAUACUAUCAUCAUCAUCCACAGCAAACCACGAAGAAUCUGAUUCCACCAGUGAAUUGCUAGAUGACUCUGAGGAGAAGCCUGAAGCUGUUGUUGAAUUGUCUUCAGAUGAAGAAUUUGAAAACACUCCUAAAAAGUCCCUCAAAGUUGCACCGAUAUUCACAAAGGCCCUACCAAGGCCAAAAGAAGAUCCAACAGUUGCAAAAGCUAGGAGAGAAUUUUUAUCAAGUGGCCUUCCUGAUUCUUUAAAAAAGACCAUUGAAAAGCAAACUAGUCUUACCGAAAGAAGCCUAGAGUUGGAUGUCUUUCCAAAAACUCAGCAUGUUCAACAAAAAUGCGACAGUCUCUACUGGAAUUUACCAAAACCAGAUCUCAAAUUGAACGAAUUUUCACCUUUAGAUCCCCCUUUAACACCCCCAAAGUGCCAAAAUAUCACCAAAAGUAGCAACAUCCGGACAAUAAACAUCGACAAAGAAGUUCAAAAAGUCGACAAUUUGAAGCUACUAUUGAACAUAAUCAAAGCCGAAAAUCCCAAUUAUCCCGUUUACAAGUCAUUCAAGCAGAUUUACGCGAAAUCUGGGAACCCCGAAGAACCGGGGAAACGAAAAGCGGGCCGAAAACCCAAGAAACUUGAAGACCCAGCGAUCGAAUUACUCCAAAACGUCGCCUGGACGGAAAAAUACAAACCAAAGUGCCACGAAGACAUCAUAGGAAACUCUCAAGCUGUUAAAAAACUGCAAAAUUGGUUGGAAUGUUGGAAACACUUCAGUCAAGAAAUCAAUUGCCAAAAACAAAAAUCCAACAACAGCGAAUCCGAAUUUGAAUCAACCGAUGAUGAAGACAGAACCAAUACGAGAUUACCCGGUAAAAUAGUAAUUGUACACGGCCCUUAUGGUAGUGGGAAAACUUGCGCCAUUUAUGCUCUUUGCAACGAGUUAAAUUUCAACGUUAUCGAACUAAAUGCAUCCAGCAAAAGAACAGGAAAGCGUCUGCUCCAAGAAGUCCAAGAAGCCACUCAAUCUCAUCAAGUUCGGAGCGAAUCGCAGGCGUUCCAGAAUUUCCUCGACAAAGCAAAACCGGCCAAGGAUAAUCAGGAUAAGAAAAUGUGCGUAAUUUUGAUAGAAGACUUGGACGUUGUUUUCGAGCAAGACGAAGGAUUUAUAUCUGCUCUACUGCAGUUUAUCGUAAACAGUAAAAGGCCGAUUAUCGCGACUACCACCGAUUAUAGUUCAGGGAUUGUUCAAAAGUAUUUCGAUCACUUCGAAGCGAUAAGAUUCUCGCCGCUUUCUUCGCAUUCUCUCGCUACUUGGAUGCAAAUUGUAUUUCUCUGCGAAGGAUUGUACGUGUCUCAAAGUGAAAUUGCGAAUUUGCUGGAUUACAAUAGGGGAGAUGUUCGAAAGACGUUGCUUCAAUUUCAAUUUUGGGUACAAUCCGGAGGCCAAUUGGCCCAGAACAAGGAGUUUAUAACGAGCAGUUCCAACAAAGGCAAAUACGCAGUGUUAGAGCAUAAGAACUGCAUUAAAAGUUUUGAGAUAUUCGAAAUCGACGAAAAAUUCAAAGUUCCGUAUUAUUUAAACUUAAAUCUACUUUGGUGGAACGUUCCGAAUAUAUUGGAUGCUUCGAGUGAUGCUCAGAAAGGGGAGACAUCCAAGGCUGAAAACAGGAAACAGCUGCUAUUAGCAGCCAAAUUUUAUGAUUCUAUGGCUUAUGCAGAUGUUGCUUUUACUGCGGGGGGUUACCGAAGGCAUUCUGAUUCAUUAAAUAGGAAGGAUAUUGUACUUAAAGACAGUCUAGAACUAUGCGAAUGCUCCGAUACUAAACAUAUCGAUUUGGAAUUUGUCCACGAAUUAACUCAUUCCUUAUUAAAUGGAUACGUAAACAGUUUGACUGAUAACGCCGCUCAUUUCAAAUUAAAUUUAACUAUGCCUGAUAAACAAGACAAAAAAUGGAGGACAAAUCUUCAAGAGUACGAAACGGUUUACAAAGAGACUUUGUUAUCAUCAAGCGAUAGAAACUCCACUUCUCUCGACUACAUGCCAACUUUACGAUCGAUAACCAGAUCAGAAUGUCUUCGUGCAGCUAGCAAUACCAAACGGGGAAAUAGGUUUAGAAACUAUUUAAGAGAUUUAAAUAUUAGAUGUAAUGAUAAUGUUACUAAAACGGCUUGCGAUGUUUUUGCGUAA